GACCCCCAGAUUGAGAGAGUUUUGAGGAGGCAGAUCCAAGAAGAACGCAACCAAUGGAUCGCGGAGGUGGGGAUUGGCAGAGCUGUUUGCCGAUUCGUUGACUCGCUGGCACGGUCGCUCGGGUUCGGGUUCGGGUCGUAUCGUCGAAUGCUCCCUCUCUCAGUUCGUCUCGCGAUCGCGCGCUUAGAGGGAUGAACGCUGUUGCCGUUCGCUUCCUUCCGCGAACCAAAAUCCAGUGUCAGUGUCGAGCAAACAUGUAACCCACGAUUACGAUCGUCGGAGUAAUCGGGACACGAUCGACCCUCGAAGAUCACGAAUUAAUAGAAUCGAUCGAAUCGAUAUCGAAUGCAGUAUUACUGUUUAAACAAACUAGUGAUAAAGUAAUCGCCAAGUAAUCCGCGCGAUUCUGAUCAGUCCUCGCGCGACAUGUGACGCGUGUGCUCGACACCGGCUGAUCUGUCGUUCCUGUAAGCUACCCUGCUACCCGUGGUGCUGUUGUGGUUUGAUCGAGAAGUGACGGAAAAAAGAAGAAUCCUGUGUUCCUGUUCUUGGAGGGAACAGAACGAGAGUGUUUGAUGCGACGAGAUGGGCAGCGAGGCAGAGACGGAGGCCACGGGUGCCAACGUGGAUUCGGACGAGUCCGAUAGUUGGGAGAAGUUUUUCGGCUCGAGCACGGACCUGGUACCUCAAAUGCUGGGUAUGUACGACGAGCUCUCGCGUCGCGGUAAUGGAUACGAUCAUGUAGUCCUGCCACCAGAGCUUCAGAAACGAUUCAGCCUGGUGUCCCAAUCUCAUCGGGGCUCCAUAUUCGAUCAGUUCUGUCCGGAGAUAACGAAGACCCAGCCGGAGGACGCGAUGAACGAUCAACGAGGUACGGAGAGCAACAUGAACUUCGUGGUCGAGCUGAUCGGGCGAGAGAAGGAGGACAACGUUUACGAGACGGUGAACGGCCAGCAGGAGGAUCGAAACGACUGCGCGAUCGUGGAGAAGCCAUAUCGUCGAGAGAGCAACGGACUGACGCCAUUGAGGUACAACAGACGAUGCAGAAACGCCGGCAGACCUCUGUCUGGAAGCUCGGUGGCGUCCAGCACCUCUUCCAGUGGAUGCAGCAAUCAAGGGAACGCGUGCAACGUCAAUCCUUAUUUGGCGUCCGUCGAGUCCCUGGCCGACACUUGCGCCAGUUCUCAAGGUUCCGGGGACAGCGGAGUGGUGACGGUUUCAGAGACGAACUGCAGAAUCGGAAACGAUGGCAGCGGUCAACGACGAAACAGCACGGAUAACGAUUCGCCAUUCUACAGGCCGCGUUACUGUGAUCCCCAUCGAAAUCCCAUGGAAAGGGUGCUCCUUGAAAUAGUCGACACAGAAGCGAAAUACGUGGAGCAUUUACGACAAAUUAUCCAAGGUUACCUUAUAUGUUGGAGAAACGAUCAGGCAUCGUUUGCGCAUCGAAUGCAACUGAGUGACUUAUUUAGUAAUAUCGAGGAUAUCUUCGAGUUCAACAGAGAGUUCCUUAAAGAAAUAGAGAAGUGUGGCUUGGAUCCUGUUUGCAUGGCAAACACAUUUAUAAAGCACAAUUCAGGAUUCAAAGUGUACACCGAGUACUGCACCAAUUACCCGAGGACAGUUUCUGUUUUGACGGAUUUAAUGAGUCGAGAAGAGACUGCGAACGCAUUUCGGGAAAGGCAAGCGGCUUUGGGACACGCGUUACCCCUUGGAUCGUUUCUUCUCAAGCCGGUUCAGAGGAUUCUCAAGUACCAUUUGCUUCUGGAGAACUUGUCGAAGGAGUACGGAGCGGACUGCGAGUCGAGAGAAAAUGAGGCUGAAGGUAGGAAAGCGAUCGAAGCGGCGUUAGCAGCGAUGACUGGCAUUGCGAAGCAUAUUAACGCUAUGAAACGAAGACAUGAGCACGCGGUGCGUGUUCAAGAGAUUCAGUCGCUCCUGUAUGGUUGGCCCGGUCCAGAUUUAACCACAAGCGGCGAACUAGUGGCGGAAGGACGAUUCAGAAUGUUGAGGGCGAAAGCUCCUAGGCAUGCUUUCUUGUUCGACCGUAUGCUUCUUCUUACCAAGAAGAAGGAGGAUGGACUUCUAGUCUACAAGACUCACAUCAUGUGUUCAAACUUAAUGCUGAUCGAAAGCAUAACAGGAGAACCAUUCAGCUUCCAUGUUAUUCCCUUCGACAAUCCUCGACUGCAAUACACCUUACAGGCGCGAAACUUAGAACAGAAGAGAGAAUGGACUUUCCAGAUAAAAAGGGUGAUUCUCGAAAACUACAACGCCGUCAUACCUUUCCACGCUAGACAGUUGGUCUUGCAAUUAGGCCAGACGCAACCCGAGGAUGACGCACUGGCAGACAGAGGAUCGGGGAAGAGGCAGUACGCUGCACCUCCGGAGUAUUUAGAGAAGCGUAAACAAGAGAAAGAAAGACGAAGGUCUGAAACUGGACUUAGGCAGAAGUUGAAGAAAAGUGGCAGAAAGUCUGAGACUACAACUGAGGAUUCUCCAGCAUCGCCAAGAAAAAACCAGAACGAGGAUUCGAGCAUAAACGAUUCCAGAGAACAGGGUCUUAGAGCUUCAGAUGGACGGGGAUCGAAAGUCAAGGAUCGCUUCACCGGUUGGAGAAGGAAGUCAGAGCCAGGUUUCCAGUCAUACGUCUGUCUUAAUCACUCCGACGAGGAGCAAAAGGAAGACAUAGGUGACACGGGAUCAGCCACAGUCGAAACAGAGUGCGCUAUAAUCGAGAACGAAAAGCAGCGAACGAACAGCAUACCGAACGUCAGACAGCAGCAACGUUUUACCAAGCACCGAUCCGCCGAUACGUCCGACGAAAGUGACUCUGAGAACGCCAACUACAACACCGACACCUCCAAGAACAACAGGAUGGCGCGUCUUCGCGCUGCCCAACACGACAAACGCGUGAGAGCGAACAACACCUUGAACUCGUUGUCCUCUUCGCGGGACCAUCAGCCGAAGCUGCAGCCAUUUUACGAUAACCUCACGAAACACGAGAACAACAAAUCAGCUGAAAGUAGCUCAAAGAAUAAAAUUAACCACAUUCAGGAAAAGAAAGCCUUGUUCGAAGGCGUGAAAAGGCCGAGUAUCUUCACGGAAAGCAAGAUCAUCAAGACCGCCCUGAGGAUAAGAGAGAAUUCGACCUCCAGAAGCGAGGAAGUAGCUGAGACGUCAGUCUUAAAGGAAACCGAGGUCCCAAACGCAAAGAACGAUAAGAGGACAGAUCUAGAGCAAUCCGAUUCAGGACAGAGAACGAAUGACCAGGAGGUCACGGAACCUAGCAAAGGCUUCGGUAACUAUGAUAAUUUGCAACACGUUUGGGUGGGCCUGCAAGAAAAGGAAGACUUGGGGAACGACAGUCCGACUCUUCCAGUGGUGUGGCUGACGAAACGCUGCGAGGGACUGCCCACGUCCCCCCAAAAGUGUGGCUCCCUUCCGCGCAGUUUUCAGAUCAAUCCUAACUGUACUCAAAACGUGACCAAAUCACGAUUCUUGCAGAGGGACGGAAAACCGAUGAGCGAAAGGCCUUUCACGAUAGCCUCAGACAAGCCAGCGGAGAUAAAUCUGGAGGACAUGGAGCGAUACGCGUCGUCGUGCCAGCCGCAAGGAAGAAUUGCUAUGUUCCCGACUACCGUUUCGGGGUCCUCAACUUUCUUCUGUUCCCUGGAUGACACGCUGACGGACGCCUACUCUGAGCUCCACGUGUCCUCCACGACCGCGAACAUACACCCUGAUCACAAGAUUUACAGGGCGAACGCGACUGGUAGCGCCACCUUAUUCAAGAACGUCCUCUCGAGGGCUGGUAACCGUCUGCAGGGUCUGAGGAACACGAUGAGCACGGAGACUCUGGAGUGCAGCGAGGAGAUAGAACGUACCAAAUAUUUUCGUUCCCUGAGCACAGGUAAGUUAAAGAAGAAGGGCAAAUUGAAGCACUCCAGGGAGUCCUCGUCGGACGUUGAAGAGCUGAUCGGCUGCACCGCCAGGGUCUCAGACCCGAGAGUCCCUUCGCUUUACUACAAGCAAGGGAGCUCGGGUUUGGGUGCUCGUAUCGCUCAGUCGGACUACGCUGACCCUACUAUACUGUUCUCCGAGUCGAAACGAGCAGGUCAGCCGGCGAGCAACGUCGCUAAAGCGACACCAGAGAAGGAGAACGAGGAAAGCCUGGAGAACAGAGAGAGCGAAACGGAUAGCUUCUACGAGAAGUCGUUUGAGACGAUCGAGAACUACGUGGACGCAGACGUUGAUGAUAUGUUUAGGGACAGUGCAAUAUUCAGCGACAUAGAGGACGUUCUAGUGAUCAGACCAUUUUCGAAUCAGAGCGCCGAGGAGGCCCUUGUGUCGAGGCCACUUUCGAAUCACGACACGGAGGAGUCUUUCAAGAGCAAAGUUGCUCCACCGGUUCCCGCGAAGAAAAGAGCAGAGUCGAUGGGUUUGGUGAAUUCUGUGACGACGAAAUACAGGCCUAGCGUUGCUCAGAAGCCUGACUACUUAAAGGCUAAGUCUUUGUUUUUGAAGGGACAGCAGGAGUUGGACUGUAAGGUUUCGAGAAAGUCACCUGUGGCUGAGUGGGAGGCGUAUCGAUAUCCUAAGGUUAGUUUGCUGAGUAACGGGGUGGGGAAGGGCGGUGAGGAUAGGGACGACGUGUCCGCGGGACAGAGCCAAGCUGGCUGGGUGAUGAAGAUCGUUGGACAGCUCCAGGGCCACGUUGAAACGUAAUUUAUACCAAUGAAAGUGUACAAAUUCUGUGAGAUUGAACCAAGAAUGUACGAAUUUCACGUUUGUUGAUGUUCUUGAGGGCUUUUCUUCCCAAAGGUAUGGGUUCUGAAAGAAUUUAAAGGGUCUAAAUCAACGUCCGGAUCAAUAGUACUCGGUAGAGGUGUGCGAUUUGGAGCCAAUGAUUGUCUUUCAGUGAUCGGCAAAGUACAACGUUUGAGAUUAUAUUUUAUUAGUACAACGGAAGGCGGCAAUAGUGAUAGAAGAUAACGGAAACAAAGAAGGAUACGCAGAGAGUAACAUUGAUCUAGUUGAAAUUCAAAUACUGUAAUUGAAAGCAUAAUAUGUACAUAACGAACUUCUCCGUGUGGAAGCACGUAAUACUAUGCAUUUAAUAUGUGCCGUUCACUUUAAUGAUAGUCUUUAAACAAGAUUAAUAUCGAACGUUUCGACAGAAAAGUAUUAAACUCUUGUUAUGUACACAUUGCGUUUCCCUUUAUACUAUUUGUGCCUUACACGAACUAUUUUCCAGGCAAAUAUGAAGUUCUGGUGUGAAGUACACGUAGGAUGUACAACAUUGAAACAAAUACUGCCGUAUAAUUUGUCAUAUCAUGUAAAUUAGUGGUAAAUAGAAAAAAUGCUGUAAGUGAUAAUUUCAUCUAACCGUAUGCCGUAUUUAAUCCGUGUUAUACAUCGAUUUUAUGGCCAUAAUACAGGGUAAUCGAAUUUUUAUUAAUCGAAAGACGACUACGAAGGACUAUUAUAAAGUCAUGUCGACAAAACAUUAUCGACGACCCUGUAUUGUUCAAAAAUUCUACGAAGAGAAUAUUUCUUGUUUUUAACUUUAACAUCGUCGAUGAAACCGUUGUAAAUCAAUAUGCAUAUCGACUGAAUAUUGUAAGUGUUCGAUAAACAUACAGUAACUCGUUAGGAUUCAAAUUCUUUUAUUCCCGAAUAAGAAACGAAGUUCAUUCAAAUAGGAGAGCAAAUUUUUAUUUUUUAUUUAUAUUUGUUGAACCUAACGGGUUAGCUAUUGUCUGACGCAAAAAGAACACUCAUGGUAUAUUAAAACAGUAUGUAGAUAACAAUGGAUUAACGAUACGAAUGAGUGUGAGAUUUACUUGCAAUUACACUAUGCAGAGAAGUUAGUAUUUUUGCAAUAAAUCAAUCUAGUUAUUGUCAGUA